AUGGGAACCUCAGUGCAAGUGACCCCACUUUGCGGCGUCUAUAACGAGAAUCCGCUCUCCUAUUUAGUCUCAGUGGAUGGCUUCAAGUUCCUCAUCGACUGCGGCUGGAAUGACCAGUUCGACACCUCUCUUCUUGAACCCCUUGCCAGGGUGGCUCCAACCGUGGAUGCCGUCCUACUCUCGUAUUCAGACACUCUUCAUCUUGGUGCUUUGCCUUAUGCUAUGAAGAAACUUGGACUCUCUGCUCCCAUUUUUGCAACUGAACCAGUGUGCAGAUUAGGCCUGCUGACGAUGUAUGACCAAUUUGUUUCACGGAAGCAAGUCUCAGAUUUUGAGUUCUUCACACUGGAUGAUAUUGAUCAAGCUUUCCAAAAUAUUACCAGCUUAACCUAUUCUCAGAACCAUCAUCUUUCAGGGAAAGGGGAAGGAAUAGUUAUUGCUCCCUAUGUAGCUGGCCAUCUUUUAGGAGGUGCGGUUUGGAAAAUUACAAAGGACGGGGAAGAUGUUAUAUAUGCUGUUGACUUCAAUCAUCGGAAAGAGAGGCAUUUGAAUGGGACUGUCUUGGAGUCUUUUGUUCGUCCUGCAGUCUUAAUAACGGAUGCCUAUAAUGCUUUAAGCCACCAGCCUUCAAGACGUCAAAGAGACCAAGAAUUUUUGGAUGCCAUAAUGAAGACCCUUAAAACAGGUGGAAAUGUACUGUUACCAGUGGACACUGCCGGUCGAGUAUUGGAGUUGAUUUUAAUCCUGGAACAGCACUGGGAGCAGUAUAAAUUGAUCUAUCCUAUCUAUUUCCUUACGUAUGUGUCUUCAAGCACAAUAAAUUAUGUGAAGACAUUUCUUGAAUGGAUGAGUGAUUCAAUAGCAAAGUCUUUCGAGCACACACGUGACAAUGUUUUCCUCUUGAGGCACGUGAAACUUUUAAUCAACAAGAGUGAGCUUGAAAAUGUGCCGCUUGGACCAAAGGUUGUUUUUGCAUCCUUGGGCAGUCUGGAAAUUGGUUUUUCUCAUGAUUUAUUUGUUGAAUGGGCUUCCGAUCCAAGCAAUCUCGUACUUUUUACUGAAAGAGGCCAGUUCGCCACCUUAGCUCGUAUGCUUCAGGCAGAUCCACCUCCUAAAGCCGUUAAGGUGACUAAGUCAAAAAGAGAACCCUUGGCUGGGGAGGAAUUAGCUGCUUAUGAAGAAGAGCAAGAUCGUCGUAAAAAGGAGGAAGCCCUUAAAGCUGCUCAAAUAAAAGAGGAGAAAUCAAAUGCAUCUGCUCGGAAUGAUAAUGCUCAAAAUGAUCCAAUGGUUGUUGACAAAACUCAUGCCAAUGAUUCUAAAGCCGCGGUUGGCCACCGCAAUGAAGCUUUCAGGGAUGUCUUCAUUGAUGGUUUUGUAUCUCCCUCAACCAGUGUUGCCCCUAUGUUUCCUUUCUAUGAUUACACGAGUGAAUGGGAUGAUUUUGGUGAAGUCAUUAAUCCAGAUGAAUAUGUGCUUAAAGCUGACAACAUAGAUUCAGCAUCCAUGCCUGCCGAUGGAGAUCUUGGAAAGCUUGAUGAAGGACCUAUCAGUUUAAUGUUGGAUACAACACCUUCAAAAGUUGUUUCUAUGGAAAUGACAGUUCAAGUUAAAUGCUCUUUGAUUUACAUGGACUUUGAGGGUCGUGCUGAUGGUCGGUCAAUUAAAUCAAUCCUUGCUCACGUGAACCCUCUUAAGCUGGUUUUGGUGCAUGGAUCAGCUGAAGCCACUGAGCAUUUGAAGCAGCACUGUCUGAAACAUAUUUGUCCCCAUGUGUAUGCUCCUCAAAUUGAAGAGACGGUUGAUGUCACAUCGGAUUUGUGUGCUUAUAAGGUGCAACUUCCUGAGAAGUUGAUGAGUGAUGUGCUAUUUAGGAAGCUUGGAGAUUAUGAAAUAGCAUGGGUUGAUGGUGAAGUGGAGAAGACAGAAAGUGGCAUGUUAUCUUUAGUUCCUCUUUCAUCUCGUGCUCCACCACAUAAAGGUGUGCUGGUGGGGGACAUAAAAAUGGCAGAUUUCAAGCAGUUUCUAGCAAGCAAAGGUGUCCAGGCGGAGUUUGGUGGUGGCGCACUUCGAUGCGGGGAGCAUGUGACACUUCGGAAGGUGGGAGAUGCCAGCCAAAAGGGUGGUGCUGGUGGUGUUCAACAAAUACUUCUUGAAGGACCCUUGACCGAGGAUUACUAUAAAAUCCGUGAACAUCUGUACUCACAGUUUUAUGCUCCAUGA